AUGGUGAUCAGCUUCAGUUGCUCAGCAAGUAGAAAACUGACGGGGAUCUUGGCCUUGCUGUUCAUGAUGACCCGAGUCUAUGGCCAGUCUACUUCGGGGUUCAUAAGCAUCGAUUGCGGAAACAGACGCACCUACAACGACAGCACAACAGGAAUACAGUACCAUUCUGAUCAUGGAUUUGUCGAUGGUGGAUUGAGCCACAAGAUUUCAACGGAGUUCAUGGCUGAUGCCACGAAUGAGCAACAAAAAACCUUGAGAAGCUUCCCUCAGAGCUCAAGGAAUUGCUACACGCUGCCAUCCGCCACUGGUAAGAAGUUUCUGGUGAGGGCCUUGUUUACUUACGGCGACUAUGAUGGGUUGAACAGUACUAUGAGCGGGUCGCUUUUUCGGUUUGGGCUCCAUAUCGGUGUCAAUUUCUGGGAGGCGGUGAACUUGACAAAUUCAGAUCCAUCAAACACAAUAUGGAAGGAGGUGCUCACCGUUGCUCCUGGCAACAACCUGUCGGUCUGUCUGAUAAACUUCGGUACAGGGACACCGUUCGUGUCUUCGUUGGAGCUGAGGCCACUGCAAGAUGUGAUGUACCCUUUUGUGAAUUCUUCGGUGUCAAUCAGCUACUUUAAACGGUUCAGAUUUGGUAAUGCCACUGAAUAUAUCACAAGAUAUCCAUUGGACCCGUACGACCGGUUCUGGGAGGCUUGGUUUUCCACUUACAAGGCCUACCCCUGGAUCACCCUCAACACUAGCAAUGAAGUGAAGAGGCUCCCAGGCAAUGACACCUUCCAGGUACCGCAAGCCAUCCUCCAGAACGCCACGACCGUAGACACGAACAACACCUUUUACAGCGUUCGCGUGGCAGCAGGUCCCAACCUGGACCCAACGAACCUGCAGCUUCUCCCGAUCUUCCACUUUGCCGAGGUCGUUGACAACAAUCCGAAUAGGUCCUUCAACAUCUACAGCGGCGACGAAUUGUUGUUCCCAGACUUCUCACCUUCGCGAUCCCAGGUGGACAGCAUGCACCAGAAUGGGCGCUUCUUGCAUAACCCCGCAGCCUCCUUCCUUCUGAACAAGACCAACAACUCGGUGCUCCCACCGCUCAUCAAUGCGUUCGAGCUGUACUCUCUAGUUCGGAUGGAUAACCUCACGACUGACUCCAAUGACAUCAGUUACAUCAAAGAAGUGAAGAAGCACUACAAUUUGGCACAAAUAAACUGGAAUGGAGAUCCAUGCUCCCCAGGAGAGUAUUCCUGGGAAGGUUUGAUUUGCAGCUACCCUAAGAGCAAUCAGAAUCCAAGAAUAAUUGCAGUAAAUCUGUCUACCAGUGGACUGAAAGGUGGAUUAGCCAUAUCAUUCAUGAACAUGUCAUCACUGAUAAACUUGGAUUUAUCACACAACAAUUUGACAGGAGCUAUUCCAGACUACCUAGGGUCACUCAGAGUCCUCAACUUGUCAAAUAACCAGCUUAAUGGGCCGAUCCCUGAUUCUGUUCUUCAAGGUUUUCAGGCCGGCCUGCUUGACUUAAGAUUAGAAGGCAAUCCCCUAUGCUCAAAAGUCAAAGAUACAUACUGCUCAAAUAAGAAGAACACCAUACAUAUCAUACUCAUCGCAGUGAUAGUUCCUGUGGUACUGGUAUCCCUCCUAGUAGUGAUGUGCAUACUCUGGAAGUUAUGCUGGAAAGGGAAGUCAGAAGACCAUGAGGAUUAUGCCAUGUAUGAAGAGGAAACUCCACUACAUAUUGAUAUCAGACGGUUCACGUACACAGAGCUGAAGCUCAUAACAAACGACUUCCAAUCAAUCAUUGGAAAGGGAGGUUUCGGUAUUGUUUAUCAUGGCACGCUGGAAAAUGGUGAUGAGGUAGCUGUGAAGGUGCUCAUGGAGACAUCAAUAGCAGAGUCAAAAGACUUCCUCCCAGAGGUGCAAACCUUGUCCAAAGUUCAUCACAAGAACCUUGUGACUUUGCAAGGAUAUUGCCAGAACAAGAAGUGCCUAGCACUCGUUUAUGAUUUUAUGCCCAGAGGAAAUCUUCAACAGCUUUUAAGAGGAGGAGAUGAGUAUAGUUUGAAUUGGGAACAACGACUUCAUAUUGCACUUGAUGCUGCACAAGGCCUCGAGUAUUUACAUGAGUUAUGCACCCCAUCAAUAGUGCACAGAGAUGUGAAGACCCCAAACAUCCUUCUGGACAAUAAUCUGGUGGGGGUGAUAUCUGAUUUUGGGCUUUCACGGGCUUUUAAUGAUGCUCACACACACAUAUCUACUGCUGCUGCUGGCACUCUUGGUUACCUCGAUCCUGAAUACCAUGCAAGUUUCCAAGUCACCGUCAAAACAGAUGUUUACAGCUUUGGUAUCGUGCUCUUGGAGAUCAUCACCGGCCAAUCCCCAGUAGUUAUGGACCCUCAAACUGUCCACCUACCAAAUUGGGUGCGGCAAAAGAUAGCUAACGGCAGCAUUCACGAUGUUGUAGACAAGAAACUGCUGGAUCUGUACGAUGCCAGUUCCCUGCAGAGUGUAGUGGACCUGGCCAUGAACUGCCUCGAAAACGCAGCCAUCAACAGGCCGACCAUGACCGAGGUUGCUUCAAGGCUCAAAGUGUGGUUGCCAGCUGUUUCUGGGGCCCCUCGACAUACAGACUCCAUGGAUACUGAAAUUCCAAGGCAGUUCCGGCUGAUGAUUUCAAGAGCAAGAAACGAGGGGAUAUCCUUCCAGUCUGGCUAUACCAAUGGGAUUUCACAAACGAGCCUCUUUUCUGGACGGUGA